UUACUAUUUUGUUUUAGUGGUCAAUGUCAUACUGACAUUUUGUACUGCAUAGGUCAAUAUAGGGAGGCACUCCUUUUUUUUUUUGCUGGCUUUCUUGAUCCGAUCUUGUGUAUGGAUUUUCCUUCUGAUUCUAGAUUUCGAGUGUGAAUUAAUGGGUGGGUCGUCUCAAAAUUUUGAUUUGUGGUAAAAGACAUCUUUUUGUUGGUUUGAUCCAAUCCGAGCGAUGGGCAGUCUUAGAUUAUUGAAUUGGUACUGAACAGUGGAAGACACGGGUGAAAGAUGCGGCGACGGGCGGCCGAUUACCGGCGCCCGGUUCGAAGGAGGUUUUCAUGUUGGAUCUGGGGGCUUCUUGUGAUAUUCUCAGUUGCAGGUUUUGCCUUGUUUGUUCUUCAUCAUAAUCAGCACCAGGAGGAUCAUGUGGAGCAGACUGCUUUAGAGACGAAUACCAAAAAUGAAAGGGUUGUUCACAAGCAUUUAAAUUUAACUGAAGAAAUUUUAGGUGUUCGAUCAUACGCCAGACAAUUAGCAGAGCAAAUGACCCUUGCCAAAGCUUAUGUGAUUAUUGCAAAGGAGCAUAACAAUUUUCAUCUUGCUUGGGAGCUUAGUUCAAAAAUAAGAAGUUGUCAAUCUCUUCUUUCAAAGGCAGCAAUGAAGAACGAGCCAGUAUCAUUGGAUGAAGCCGGCCCAAUGAUUAAAAGUUUCUCAUCCCUCAUUUUUAAGGCUCAAGAUGCUCAUUAUGAUAUUGCAACCACUAUGAUUACAAUGAAAUCACAUAUUCAAGCGCUUGAAGAACGUGCCAAUGCAGCGACUGUUCAGAGUACGGUUUUUGGUCAAUUUGCUGCAGAAUCAGUGCCGAAGAACCUUCAGUGUAUUGACAUUAAACUCACUGCCGUUUGGCUUGAGAAAAAUUCACUACGGGAACUUGCUGAUGAGAGGGGGAACUCUCCGCGACUAGUCGAUAAUAAUCUUUACCAUUUCUGCUUAUUUUCAGAUAACCUUCUGGCUGUUUCAGUUGUUGUGAAUUCUACUAUUUCUAAUGCUGAUCAUCCCAAGCAGUUUGUAUUCCACAUUGUAACGAAUGGAGUGAAAUACGGGGCAAUGCAAGCUUGGUUCCUUGGUAACGAUUUCAAAGGGGCUACAGUAGAAGUCCAAAAUAUUGAAGAUUUCACGUGGUUGAAUGCAUCUUACUCUCCGGUUUUAAAACAGAUAAAUGAUGAAGAUUUACGGAGAUACUACUUUGAGAGGAAGAAGGAAAUGAGUCUUGAACCGAAGUUACGUAAUCCUAAGUACGUCUCUCUGUUGAAUCACCUGCGAUUUUACAUCCCGGAGAUUUAUCCUCAGCUCGAGAAGGUAGUUUUUCUGGAUGACGAUGUUGUUGUUCAGAAGGAUUUGACCUCACUCUUUUCAUUGGAUUUGCAUGGUAAUGUGAAUGGGGCUGUCGAAACUUGUCUUGAAUCCUUUCACCGUUUUUACAAGUAUCUCAAUUUUUCGAACCCAAUUAUCAGCACCAAAUUUGAUCCUCAGGCAUGCGGAUGGGCAUUUGGGAUGAAUGUUUUUGAUCUGAUUGCUUGGAGAAAGGAAAAUGUGACUGCACGUUAUCAUUAUUGGCAGGAACGAAAUGCUGACGGAUCACUAUGGAAGCUCGGCACUCUUCCUCCCGGAUUUUUAGCAUUUUAUGGAUUGACAGAGCCACUUGAUCGGAGAUGGCACGUCUUAGGAUUGGGUUAUGAUCUGAACAUCGAUAACCGUCUGAUCGAGACUGCAGCCGUGAUACAUUUUAACGGUAACAUGAAGCCAUGGCUAAAGUUAGGAGUAGGCAGAUAUAAGGCUCUAUGGGAACAUUAUCUGGAUCAGACUCACCAGUAUCUGCAUGAUUGUUUCACCAGUUAAUAUAUAUGAUACUUUCAGGUUGCGGGCAGCUAUUUGACCGCUUAUUUAUUUCGUAGAAUUAUCAUUGCAUUAAUACAGUUUCAGAAGUAGAAAAUUUUGACAAUCUAUUUAUUUAUUUAUCUUGGAAGGAGAAUUUGUUAUACACAGUAGAAAGUAAACAUGUAUCAGGUAAAGGUUGUAAGGGAUUUCAUUUUUGGCUGAUGAGAUUCUGCCCUUCUGCAAAUUGUAGUAUCAAUGGUUCUAAGCACUUCAAUUCU